CGAAAUGUGAGGGAAACGAUCGAUCCAAUUACAAAGAAAAGAAAACUAACGUUGCAGUUCACAGGCGGUGAUCCUAUCGACCUUUCUCUCACACUGACGGGACUUUGACCUGAAAGAGGUCGAAGACAAGAUAAAAGUAAACUUAUUGCCUCCCUAAUAAAAAAACCAUGAAACCACCAACGGUGGUGGAUCCAUGCAUUUACGCUUAACAAUUGUUUCUGCUUCGGUUUACUUCCCUCCCAUUAGGUCGUUGAAACUGAUGGGGUAUGUUCCUCUUCUUCUUCUCUCGCGCCGCACAAGCCCUCAAAGUCACCCAAAAUCCCUCUCUGAACCUCGCCAAAACACUCUCUCUCGCAAACCCAGAAUUAUUUACACAAAACCGUACCAAAGCAACGCUCCCCAACCUAAAGCCUCUCAACUCCAAGAUCUCGAGCUACGUAAAAAAUGGCCUUGUCGAGGAAGCUCGGAAACUGUUCGAUAAAAUGCCUCAGAAAAACACGGUCACAUGGAACGCGAUGAUUCGUGGGCACUUUUUAGAUGGGAAUUCUUGUGAAGCUCUCCAAUUAUUCUAUAGAAUGCCUGAUAGGGAUAUUGUUUCGUAUAAUACAGUGAUUGCUGGGUUGAUGCAGUGUGGGGACGUGGAUGGUGCGAGGUGCGUUUUUUAUGGGAUGCCAUCCAGAGAUAUUGUGACUUGGAAUUCAAUGGUUGCAGGGUAUAUUCGUAACGGAAUGAUAGACACGGCGCUACAUUUAUUUGAUGGGAUGCCGUUGAAAGAUGUGAUUUCAUGGAACUUGAUCGUCGGUGGGCUGGUGAAUUGUGGGGAUUUGGAUUUAGCAGAAGAGUAUUUUGGACGAUCAUGUGCUCAGGAUGUUGUGUCUUGGACUAUAAUGAUUUCGGGGCUUUCUAAGUCAGGACGGAUUGUUGAAGCUUGUAAGCUCUUUGAAAACAUGCCCUCUAGGGAUGUUCGAGCUUGUAAUGCAAUGAUGGUUGGAUAUAUAGAAAAUGGCCAUAUUGAAACUGCGAAAGAUUUGUUUCGGAAAAUGCCUGAACGGGAUUUUGAGUCUUGGAAUGAAUUGGUAAGCGGGUUGGUCAGGAGCAAAAAAGCUAAUGAUGCUAUAAGGCUUUUCAUGGAGAUGCCACAAAAAUGUCAGAAAACGUGGAACUCAAUCCUGUUGGAACUGAUAAGAAAUGGGCUCAUCAAAGAAGCUCAUGCAUUUCUUGAGAAAUCCCCAUACAGUGACGUUGUGUCAUGGACGAAUUUGCUUGUUGGAUAUUUUGGAUUAGGUGAGGUUGGGGGUGCAAUUAAGAUUUUUGAUCUGAUGCCAAGCCGAGAUACAACUGCAUGGAAUGCCACAAUUUUUGGAUUAGGAGAAAAUGAUCAAGGAGAGGAAGGUUUAAAGCUUUUCAUUAGAAUGAAAGAAUCAGGUCCAUCCCUAGACAAGGCUACAUUCACUAGUGUUUUGACAAUAUGUUCAGACUUGCCGACCUUACACUUCGGAAAGCAAACUCAUGCAGAUGUUAUAAAAGCUGGUUUUAAUAGUUACAUUGAAGUUUCCAAUGCAAUGGUUACCAUGUACGCGAGAUGUGGAAACAUGCAUUCUGCUCUGCUACAAUUUUCUUCCAUGCCAAGCCAUGAUGUUAUUUCUUGGAAUUCUCUAAUCUGUGGUUUUGCUCAUCAUGGCGAUGGCACAAAGGCCCUAGAGAUGUUUGAAAGAAUGAUAUUAACUGAUGUUAUGCCCAAUCAUAUAACCUUUGUUGGUGUUCUAGCUGCGUGUAGCCAUGCAGGGUUGGUAGACCAAGGUAAGUACUACUUCGAUUUCAUGAAAUCCAAGUGUUCUCUUCGGCCAGCAAGUGAGCAUUACACAUGUAUCAUGGAUUUGUUGGGUAGGUUUGGACUAAUAGAUGAGGCGAUGACUUUUUUAGAUCAAAUGAGAGCAGAUGGAGUUGAAGUUCCUGUAAGUGUUUGGGGAGCACUGCUAGGAGCCUGUAGAAUUUACAAAAACAUUGAGGUGGGCAAGAUUGCUGGCGAGAGAAUUUUGGAAGUAGACCCUUGCAAUUCUGGUGUUUAUUUGAUUUUGGUUGAAUUAUUAUUGAGCGGUGGAAGGAGAGAAGAUGCAAGUACAAUUAUGGCCCGGAUGAAAGAGAAGGGAGUCAAGAAGCAACCGGGGUGUAGUUGGAUUGAGGUAAACAACAGCGCACGUAUAUUUCUUUCAGGAGAUAGUUCGCACCCUGAUUUUUGUAGAAUCUGUUGUAUUCUAGACUUGAUAUACAUGGAGAUGGAGAUUAAAUCAUAAAAUCAGAUGCUGCUUAAUUUCCGCAAAUACACGUUGCAUUCAAUGGACAUUACUGGCGACAUUUUCUUUUUCACUCACGAUUUAUGUACCAAAUUGUUCAAAUCCAUGACUUAGAAACAAGGAACAUGUGGAUACGAGUAAAAGGGAUAAUGAGGAUUUGAUAAUUAUGGAUCGGGGCCUUUAGUUGCUGCCUUUGCGGAUUGGAGUUGCCAAUCAGAGGAUAUAUCAAAUAGUCCUUCCCUGCAGCAGAAGUGGGAAAUAUUGGGUUGAUGUACUCAUAUUGAAAUACAGAUGGGAAUCACGACUGUGCUAUUUUUUUUUAACCAGUCAACAGAUCGAUAGAAAGCAUGCAAAGGUGUAGGUAGAGGCGUACCAACAGAGAUAGAAAUAUGCCUACUAAUGUAUUGGAAUAUAAUAUUGAGGAUGUGUAACAAGAGCAGCGGUAUGAGGCAUGGUUACCCAUAAUUUAACAAAAGAGACCGGUGACAAAAGAUUUGCAUUUACCCAGAUAUUAAUUUAGUCCAUCUACUGUGUGCUUGCAUUUACCCAAGGUUUGAAUUGCUAGACCCAGUAAAUUAAACAAGAGCAAUCCCACAUGGAUAGAAGAUCCCAUUUUUGACACGUCUAUGAAAGCUCUAAUGUACAUUUCGUAGGAUUAUCUAGAAAAUUACAAUCUUAUGCCAACCCGGAAGACACGCCUUCUAUAUUAUUAUGUCAGAUUGAAAAUUUUAUGCCAUACAAAUUGUGUGGAGUAUGCAUGCUUUACACUAAUUUGAAUUCUUGAUCGGCUAUGUCUAUUUUGAGGGGAUUUUUGUCACAAGGCUCAAAUGAGUUCUCAAAGCCCAGCCCAUCAAAGGGGCCUUCAGAAUAGGACAAAAGAGAAGGGAGAGGAUACUUAGAAGUGAGGGAUAUAAGGUGUGGUAGGAAUAAGGUAGAAAACAUAAAGGAGGGUGAUGUAACAUAAAGCAAGGCAAUGGAAGAGAGGAGACUUAUGGCUUGAAAGGAGUCUCGGGCAGACUUUUGGCUAGGCUGGCUUCAAAAGCAAGGCUUCUCGAAAAGACUUCUUCAACCCCCAUACUCGGAUUCCAGCUAUGGAGUCGAGAUCAGGAAGAGAGAUCUAUAAAAUUUAUUGUACAAUGAGGAUAAGAGAUCAUGAGAGACUGUAAAUUCAGUUUAUUAUAGUGGAUUCUUCCCUUCCCAA